AUGGCGAUCCCCGACAUGGACGAACUCCCGGACAGCGGACCGGACAAGUGGUCCUGCUUGACCAGCAUCGCGCAUAGUCUCGCGGACCAGACAACACGUAUGGAAGAGGAGGUAAGCCGCCUGGCACCGUAUCUACUGAAGAGGUCUAACACGAUUGACACUAGUGACUGGGUGUUGGACUCCGGCUGUGGUAUGCACAUGACGCCGCUCUCAGGGGUCAUGUCUGGGUAG